GCGCUGUCCGUGGCGGCGGCCGGAGCGGCCCGGGCCGGGCCGGCGGGCCAGGGGAUGGCGCUGCUGGACCUGGCCCUGGAGGGAAUGGCCGUGUUCGGGUUCGUCCUCUUCUUGGUGCUAUGGCUGAUGCAUUUCAUGGCCAUCAUCUACACCCGAUUACACCUCAACAAGAAGGCAACAGACAAACAGCCAUAUAGCAAGCUCCCAGGUGUCUCUCUCCUGAAGCCUCUGAAAGGGGUGGAUCCAAACCUAAUCAACAACUUGGAAACAUUCUUUGAACUGGAUUAUCCCAAAUAUGAAGUCCUACUUUGUGUACAAGAUCAUGAUGAUCCAGCUAUUGAUGUGUGUAAGAAGUUGCUUGGAAAAUACCCUAAUGUUGAUGCUAGAUUAUUUAUAGGUGGCAAAAAGGUUGGAAUUAAUCCUAAAAUUAAUAAUUUGAUGCCAGGAUAUGAAGUUGCAAAAUAUGAUCUUAUAUGGAUAUGUGACAGUGGAAUAAGAGUAAUUCCAGACACACUAACUGACAUGGUCAAUCAAAUGACAGAAAAAGUAGGCCUGGUUCAUGGGCUGCCUUAUGUAGCAGACAGACAGGGCUUUGCUGCCACAUUAGAACAGGUAUACUUUGGAACUUCACAUCCAAGAUCCUACAUCUCUGCCAAUGUGACUGGUUUCAAGUGUGUGACAGGAAUGUCUUGUUUAAUGAGGAAGGAUGUGUUGGAUCAAGCAGGAGGUCUUAUAGCUUUUGCUCAAUACAUUGCUGAAGAUUACUUUAUGGCUAAAGCAAUAGCAGACCGAGGUUGGAGGUUUGCAAUGUCCACUCAAGUUGCCAUGCAAAACUCUGGUUCAUACUCAAUUUCUCAGUUUCAAUCCAGGAUGAUCAGGUGGACCAAAUUACGAAUUAACAUGCUUCCUGCUACAAUAAUCUGUGAGCCAAUUUCAGAAUGCUUUGUUGCCAGUUUAAUUAUCGGAUGGGCAGCCCACCAUGUAUUUCGAUGGGAUAUAAUGGUGUUUUUCAUGUGUCAUUGCCUGGCAUGGUUUAUAUUUGACUACAUUCAACUCAGGGGUGUCCAGGGUGGCACACUGUGUUUUUCAAAACUUGAUUAUGCUGUCGCUUGGUUCAUCCGCGAAUCCAUGACAAUAUACAUUUUUUUGUCGGCGUUAUGGGACCCUACUAUAAGCUGGAGAACUGGUCGCUACAGGUUGCGCUGUGGAGGCACAGCAGAGGAGAUCCUGGAUGUAUGACUGCAGCUCUGCGACUGUAUAUAAAGGAAAAAGAAGUAUUAUAAAUUAUGUUUGUAUAAAUGCUUUUAAAGAUCUACCUUCAGUAGUUUUAUCACAUGUAUGUUUUGGUAAUUGUUCUUUAAUUUAUUUUGCAUGGCACGUGCAUCUGUGAAAAGGAAAAACAAAGCAAAAUACAUCUGUAGUCUUGGCCAAAUAGUACACUUUAUUUUGUGGAAGUAGAAAAUCAAGAGACUUGGUUCUAGGAACCUGGGUUUGUUAUUUUGUUGUUAUUGUUUGUUUAUUUUUUAAACAAAUAAAUAUAUAUAUACACAUAUAUAUGAAUGCUCUGCAACAAACACUAUGACAGUAUCCUUCAGUCGGGAAAGUUUCUUACUUGUGAGUACACUCUUCUAGAACAUGUACAGUGGGUUAACUGCAGCUUUUUGAGAGUCUGGCAAAGAAUAAAAGGUUGUGGCCUUCCAUGGAGAAGGGGUGAGUGACCCACAGUGAGGUACUGACGGAGAAACCUCUUCAUGCUUUAUGCCUACCUCUUGUAGUUGUUGCAGAGCAAAUAUACAUUGUAAGAUGGUAGCUAGGCCUUGCAAAAACAAAUGGAAAAACUUUAAAAAUAAUAAUAAAAGAGCUGGAGUCUAGUAUUUAUAUGAAUCUGUGAGAUAUUUUUUGGUCUCACUCCAAUGAACCAAAAGUGGCUGAGUUUGGUUUUUAAUUAUAACCAUGAAUUGAAGGCAACUUCUUGACCAACUGUUGUUGGUUCUGUCUUGAACCAUUGUUAAUCACUGUGCUGUAAUUGGUAUAGCUAAAUCUUUCCUUCCCUGCUCCUUGCCCAGCUUACCCCAUCUUUCCUUAACUUUUUUUCAGGGGGGGAUUGGGGAUGAUUUUGUUUUAGUGUGAGUGGAUGUUUUGAUAGUUGUAAGGAAAAAUGCAUUUCAGACACAUUUCACACAUGAGCUAUUUUCUUACACAGUAUGUCUUAUUGUUAAUAAGAAUGUAAUUUCAUGAUACAGGUAUUUAAUAUCUUUUUUAAGUAAGUAAAUAUUCUAGCCAUCAAUAAAUAAAUUGCAGUAGAGUAUUAAGAGGGGAUAGGAUAAGUUUUACUCUUAAAAAAAUCAGUAAGUAUCAAUCUCAGUCUACUGUGUAUAUGUAUUUUUUUUUUUUUUUUACUGUAGUAGUCUAGUCUUAUUUAAAUUGGAUUUUUGUAUUCCAGUUUGUAUGACAGAAUAGACUAGAUCAGCACUGGCUAUAAGUGCAUGCUCUAUUUCACUCUUCUCUCCUCAUCAUGCAGCCAAACUUGCUUGUCAGGUUGUGCUUAACUUGUGGUGAACUGGACUUUUAACAAGAAGCAAAAAUGUAAGGGACAGUGCAUAAGCCUUUCUUUCCCUCUUUUCUUUGUAGAGGUAUUUUUCUUUCUUCCUUCAGAACUGGGCGGCAUGUUGUCCAUACAGUGUCUGCUGCUAAUGCUGGCAGUGCGGUGGCUUUCAGACCCUUUGUCUCUAUCGUUUCCAUGUCAGCACACAAAGUGUAGCAUAUUAGCAAUAACUACCUACCUAUAGAGAAUACUUUUCACCUUACUGAGCCAAUUCAUUUGUCUAGUGACUAUACAUGGUUUAAAUGGCAAUAUACUAUGUAUACAUGUUUUAUUUUAAGUUUUUUUCUGGGCCAAACGACUUCCUUUCUCUCUUCCUCUUCCUCUCUUGCCUUAUGAUGAAUUUGUUUGAAGGGCAUUUUCUUUAUGAACAAAGGCUUGGAUGCAUAUUCCUUUCUUUCUGUGAAAUGGGUGAUAAUGUUCCCUAAGGAAAGUUGCACAGUGAAAACCAGUCUAGUUGUGACCCACUAUGUGUUUAUUUUUUUUUCAAUCACUUUUUUGUGAGUUAAUUUUGCUGACCAUGUCUGUAAUUUGUUGGUUAGUUUAAUGAAGUUUGGUUGAUGCCAUCCUUUGCACUGCUGAAGUGAAAUCUUGCUUAUUAUUUAGCUUUUUUUGCUGAUCUCAGUAUGGGCAAAGAAAUAACAAAACCAAAAUGGCUGGACAGACUUCUUGUGUUCUGUAAAUAUGUAAUAAAUGACUGUUCUGUGUGUGUGUUUUAUGUGGUUGUGAAGUACUUCCUUAAAGUGAAACUUCACGCAAGCAGACAGUGAGUGAUUCUUUGUUUAGCAAGUUUGGAGUAAAAAUAAAAUGGUAAAAAUGUUAAAGAAAGCAUCAUAGCAGAACUGUAGGAGUCCAAAUUUGUAAUAAACUGUCUUUAAAACAAACAAUUAAGUGUCUAGAAUAUACCGUUUUAUUUAAAAAUCAUUGUCUUAAGUUUUUUGUUCAAAAAAUAAAAUUUGAAUACAAUCAAAA